CCACAUUGCUUGUGUGUCGUGAACAUUUUGGAGCCUGUGGAAAAAAAAGAAAAAAAAAAAGAAAAAAAAAAAAAAAAAAGGAAAAGGAAGGAAAAAAGUCGGAAUCUGACAGAAAUGAUGCUGAAGGGAAGCCAAAAGGCGGCAUCGAGUGCUUAGAGCUAUGCCUGCUGCAGCUGAUUUUUGGGCCAGGAUGCCGGCGUUUUUUUCACAUCCGUGCACCGUGAGAUUUUGUCGAAUAACGGGAUACCUGCACAGCUGCUGCUGCUGCCGGUAUGUGAACGAUUUCACCCAGUGAAGGUAAUAAAACCGGCUCUAUUUUCUGCUGAAUGUGUUGCUGUUUUUUUUUUUUCCUCCCUCUCUCUCUUGCAUCAAUUUGAUGCUGCGUGAGGCUGCUGGGCGAUGCAUGGCUGGGGUUGGACUGUAUGAAUUCGCUUCAUUUCAAAUCUAUUGAUCCUGUGUCGGACUGUUCUGCAUUGGCAAUGUAAAUUCGAGCAAUUGAGCCAGAUUUUUUUUUUUGCUGACCCAUCUGGUGACAUAUAAAUAUGCCUUAUUUCUCCGUGAGGUGCGAGGAUGCCUGUAGCUGGGAUUGUGUCAUUGCUGCGGCACACUCUGGAGCUCCUGGGCUCAAGACAGACACAACUAACCUCAGCUGAAGAGAAGACAGCAAACUGGCAAGUGCUGUACCACCCAACAUAAGCCAUAUGAGUCUGUACAUGUUGAUGAAAAAAGGCCCAGCGACUGACACUGACCACAGAGGAAUCUAUUGCACUAAGGUUUUGGGGUUUCCCAAGAACUGCCACAUCCCCAAAUCUGUCUGAAGACUGCUGAGAGCUUACAAGCUUCCUGAUGCUUUUUGGAGGGCAGCCCUGAUGCAUCUUGUGAGUGUGAAAACUCAAAGAGCAUUUUGCCAGGUUUGCAUCAUCAGACAGGAGACAGAGCAGACGGUAACUCUGUGUGUGUCAUGUUAGAGGCUGGAUUCAUGCCUGCUCCUUCCAACUCUCAGCCAAAAUCUCUGACCUGCCCUGUCUGAGCCAUUUGUAGGAGCAUCACUGCUUUGUCACCACAGCACAACUGGGCGACAGUGUCAGAGUGCACCGACCAUUUGCAGACAUCAUUGUUUGUGUGACUUUCUGAAACGGUUUCCCCUUCACCAAAAAAAAAAAAAAAAAAAAAAGAGAGAGACACCGGAAACCAGGGUCAGGAUGCAGGUGUCCUUCGCCUGCACUGAGCACAACCUCAAGAGUCGCAGUGAGGACCGACUUUGUGGCCUUCGUACUGCUCCACCUCCAGGAGGAAGCAGUGGAGGAGUGGGGGGAGGGAGUGGUGGAGGUGGAGGAGGAGGAGGAGGUGGUGGUGGUGGAGGUGGAAGUGGUGGAGGAAGUGGAGGAGGAGGAGGUAGUGGACAAGGGAGCAAUGGCAACUACAUCUCCCAGGGGUCAGUCAAGACCAGGGAUGUGCCAGGGUCCCGCCCGACCCCACAGGGCCAUGCCCACAUGAAGGAGGCCAUCGGGCGGCACACCAGUAUGAAGUACAGGAACCUUGGCAAGUCAGGCUUACGCGUUUCCUGCCUUGGGUUAGGUACAUGGGUGACAUUUGGAUCACAGAUCUCUGACGAGAUGGCUGAGAACCUGAUGACCAUAGCGUAUGAGAACGGAGUGAACCUGUUUGACACAGCGGAGGUGUACGCUUCGGGAAGAGCGGAAAUCACUUUAGGGAAUAUUAUCAAGAAGAAAGGAUGGAGACGUUCAAGUUUUGUUGUCACAACAAAGAUUUACUGGGGAGGCCAAGCAGAGACAGAGAGAGGCCUUUCCAGAAAGCACAUUAUUGAAGGUUUAAGAGGAUCCUUGUCAAGACUUCAGCUAGAUUAUGUGGACAUCGUGUUCGCCAACAGAAAUGACGUUAACAGUCCAAUGGAAGAGAUUGUACGGGCCAUGACAUUUGUAAUAAACCAGGGUAUGGCCAUGUACUGGGGAACUUCACGCUGGAGUGCCAUGGAAAUCAUGGAGGCGUAUUCAGUGGCACGCCAGUUCAACCUGAUACCACCUGUGUGUGAGCAGGCAGAGUAUCACUAUUUCCAGAGGGAUAAAGUGGAGGUGCAGCUUCCUGAGCUCUACCACAAGAUAGGUGUUGGAGCAAUGACUUGGUCUCCACUUGCUUGUGGAUUAAUCACAGGGAAGUACAGUGAUGGUGUUCCAGAGUGCUCCAGAGCAGCAAUGAAGGGAUACCAGUGGCUGAAGGAGCGAGUCAACAGCGAGGAGGGCCGCAGGCAGCUCGCUAAAAUCAAGGAGCUCCAUCUACUGGCAGACAGACUGGGCUGCACUGCUGCACAGUUAGCCAUAGCCUGGUGUCUGCGCAGUGAGGGAGUCAGCUCAGUUCUUCUGGGUGUUUCUAACGCUGACCAGCUCGUGGAGAACCUGGGUGCCCUGCGGAUUUUAUCCCAAAUGACCCCUCAAACCAUUACUGAGAUUGACGCCCUGCUGGGAAACAAGCCACACUCGAAGAAAGAGUCACGUGCUUGAAGAUGCAAAUCUGAGUGACAGAUGAUGUUUCAAGAAGAUGAAGAAGACAAUGACAUUGGGAAACAUCGCUUUUUGCUCUGCUGUAUACUCAACAACUUGCAUGUCCUCAGCAACAUUAUGCUUCCAGUAUGUGCGCAUAACCAUUUUGCGCAGUACAUUGUAUCAUGUAUAAAAAAAAAAGAGAAAAAAGAAAAUCUCUCAAUUGUGGAAAAAACAGAUCAUAUAUUGCUCACUGCUGAUUGUUCACAGACUAAUUAUUUGUUUGGAGGGAGAGGCCAAAAGUUGGACUGCAGGUCCAUCCAUAAACAGAGACCAAGAGAGGUUGAUGAAAAAUACUCAAAUCUUGUUAAUCAAAUGUGAUAAAAACAGGAAUGAACAGAACACCUCUAUCAGCCUACAGCAUUACUACGUGAACGGUGCUUUCAUUGGAUACUGAGUCUCCUCCCUUCGCAGCUGCCUGUUAUUCUGUAUGAUGUUUAGUACCCAGCAGCCAGAGAGCCAAAGGUUAGUACUCAUGUGUCUAGCCGAACAUUUCCCAUAGUGUGCAUGUGACUGGUCUGCCACGCUCACUGCUUUACAGGGUUGGGAACAAUGGAUUACUUGUGAAGUUAUUACAGGGAUCUCACUGUUAAAGAAAAAAAAAUCCAAUGUGGUAUUACUUAAAAAAAAUGUGACCACAUGCUUUUAAAAGUAGGAAAAUCGAUUCAUUACUUGAACAUGUGAUUAAAGAAAAAAUGCACUUUGAUUGAGAGAUUUUAUCGACUGACGUAAGUGAUUUUAGCACAAAUUUAGCUCAUCUAAAUUAAAAUGCAUGACUAAUAUUACAUGAGUAAUUGCAAGUAUUUGCUUACAUUAUGUUAGCUGUUAUCAUUUUGAAGUGGAAUUCAGGAAUGAGUGUGGGCAAGAUUUGUAAAGUAACUUUCCCAACCCUGCAGCUUUCUCAGCAGUCUUUUUGCCUCCUCUGUUUGUAAACUGUGCGCAUGUCCCUUUAAGAGAGAAUAGCCCUAACAGGGUCUAAAUGUGGCAUGGCUUUUAUGGCUUAUGUAGAUUUGCAGUGCCCUUGUAAGCCAUUUUUUUACUCUAAAUGGUCUGGCAGUUCGAUCCAGGAUCCGUGCUGGUUGGCACUCAUGCUUUAAAGACUCUCUGCAGUCUGCAGACACAGCUCUGUGUCCAUCUGACAUAUAAUCUUUGUAUCGUCCUAAAACUGUAUCAAAAGAUGUUGGCAUCACAUUCAAUGAUGACAUCCUUGUGAAGGGCAUCAAUGUUACUAAAUCAGAAGUUUGAAACAGCUGGACUUUAUGCAAAGUUCACUGAGCGUCUGACACAAAUAUUUGGACACACUGUGGUGAACUAGUAGUUUUCCAAUGAUAGGACAUAAAUGAUAAGUUUGAGUUUGUCAAAUGUGAUACAACUCUUGCCACAGGUCACUUGGGGUAAGAUUAAGCAAAUGUAUUAUUUUUUUUGUGGAAGCCUAAAAAUAUAGCUUCUCUGCUCAUUUCUCUCGGAGCUCCUUCUCUCUGUAUUAUUUGUCCCCUUGUUUCUCACACAUAACUGAUUUUUAUACUGUGUAUUUCAUCUCUUUUCCUUUUGGUUUUGUAUUGAUUUAAAUCCUUUGUAAUGUGAGGGAAUUUGUUCCUUUUGUGAUUUCCCAUGAAAGCAGCACUAGUCUCGGAGCCGGGAUGUGUGCAUUUUGAUAAAUGAAGUUGUUUUUUGUUAGCACACGGUUACAGUGUAAAUAGGCUUAUCUGUUUAGCAGCGAGAUAAUGACAUACAGGUGAAAAAAAUCCUGAUGGAGCAACUAAAAUGUUGCCCUUUCUGUGACUCUGUGAUGAUGUACAGUUCGAGUUUGAGUGUAGCUUAAAGUGUACAGGGAAACUUCAAUCAAACCUUGGAAAUGUAAUUCUGCCUGCAUAUCUUAUAUUUUACUGUCUUGCAACAAAGAGAAACCAAAAGAGAGAAGCGGCAUCUCAUACUGAAUGUAUUUAUGUCUGUUACUCAAACAUAUCUAACCUAAAGGGAAGCACAUGACAUGUUCUGACAGAAUUGUCUUUUUGUGUCUAAACUUGUUGCGUAAAACAACACAGAGGUUUUGUGCAAAUAUUUACUUUGGCUUUCAGGCCUGAAGUUAUUGACAGAGGCUUAAUCUCGCACAAGGUCAAAUAUGCUCAUCUGUUUAUAAAGUCAGGAAAGAUUAAGAAUUUACCAUUUAUUAACAUAAUCUUUUAGCUGGGAUAGUAGUCACUGACAUUCUUCAGUUCAAUAUGAUUUAAUUUGGCAUUUUGGUGCAUACACACAGGGAAUCUUUUGAGCUGCACACAAACAGAUUAUCACAGAGAUUUGGUGUAUUGGGUAUUACCCACAACGCCCAGUCCCAGUAUAAUGAUCUCAAGGCCUGUUCUUUUAGGAAGGCUUCAUUGUCACAUAUUUGUUCCCAUGUUGGCGUUUUGAUCUACACUUCACUAAACAGCAAAUCCAUUAUGGACACACAUGUAAUGAGCUAAUGGCAGUUUGUCAUAAUUGCGGGGAUAUUUUUUGCCUUUACUUCAUUGCAUCAGAAAUGAAAUCUGGGAGACAGAGAGAUGGGGGAUGAUAAAAAUAAGUAAUUUAUGUGUGCAAAACAUUAAUCAGUAAAAAUCAUACAGAAUCUUUCUUUUGAAGCCCCUGCUUUUUCUCAGUUGUCUCCGAGAAAGCAGAAAAAAGCAUCUACUCAGUGUUCACAUUAAAGUGUUGAUCUAAUUGUGAUGCAGAGACACAAUAAACAGACAAUAAACUACAAUUUCAUGUGAAACCUCACACUACAUACACUAGCAUAACAUGCUUUUGCAGCCUAAAUUAGUGCCUCUUCUGAAGUGUCACCUGACAUAAAACUCCAGUUUCACUGUAUAGUGUAUCUGCACAUUUAAGGAAACGUCCAAACUAAGUAACUAUCUGAUGUAUUAGAUAAAUUAAUUCUUGAAAAAAGGCAGUUCUGAAUUAUUAACAAUGUGUGCAAAAAGUGAAACUGCAAAUCAAUAGACAGAACAAUCUGAAAUGCAAAAUUUGCAAGUUAACAUUCUUUAUAUUUUGAUAUUUAUUUUAAUAGUAUUAUGGACAAAAAAUUAUAUAAUCAACUUGUAAAAUCAAAGCAAAUAACUUCAUCUUCAGAGGAAAUCAUUCAGACAGGACAUUUAACUCUGUGUCUGCUUUCAAAGGAGCAGCUGUGAUGUACUGUGUAAUAUUUUUAGACAUAAACUGAGCAGAAUCAUGUCAUCCUCACAUCCUAUUCACUGUCUGGCAGCUCCUCACCUGUGGGCUCUGGGGUCGAUCGAAGGGACAGUACAAGACCAGUGACCUUGUGUCCAGCACUGUGCUACUAAAAGAACAGAGCCAACUGGGACACCACACAUGCUUCCCCUAAAACAGAAAAAAAACAUCUGUGAUCCCAACACCGUUAGCUUCUUUAUGAGCGGACAUCCCAAGUGGCAAAACAGUGAGACUCACCAUAGUUCUGUAUCAAAGGACAUUGCCCUCUGAUAAAGACUAUAACAAGUGUUGAAAAAGUAGGGGGUG